CGUAACGGUUCUCGGAUCUGCGAAAAUUUUAUCGUGGCGUAUUUCAGACUAAACAAUUCAGAAUUUCAGUAACGGAAAGAAAAAAAAUGUCAAGGAAACUAUAAAUUCAAAAUUUCAGUCUAGUUUAUCACAACUGAUACAAAUUUCAACAAUGUCGUCACUUAUUGUUGCGUCGGAUCUGGACUUGAUAAUGUUGGAAAUAUCGAUCGAAGAGUUGUCCGUCCCGCGGAUUUCAAGUUUCGAUUCAGCGUUGAUGAAGAAGACUGUCGUACUUUUUAGACUCCUGGAUAAAAGCUGGACGUCCAUUUUACCUCAGCGUUCCGAUUACCAAGUUUACAGAGGCUCAAAUUCAGAGAUAGAACGUUUCAACGGUGGGGUGUCGGUCGUGUUUCCAAUCCCUCAGGACUCUCUUGACCGGACGAUAAAGGACGUAGAUCUUCAAAUCCACGUGCACAGAGAACUUUCUAAAUAUUUAGAACGACCAGCUUGCGAAGAUGUCGGUCUCGCUUGCCUCGAUGUUUCGGAAUUAUUCAACGACGUUAUCAAAGGGAUUAAAAUUAAGGAUGCGGAAAUAGUCGGAGGAAUUCCAACGCAUCCUAGGAAACCUGUUGGCAGGUCUUCCAAGGCAACGUAUUCGCUCCUGAAGGAAGACGGAACCGAUUCCGAAGCCCGACUGACGGUUUAUUUAAGAAUAACACAUCUGGGACGUUCUGUAAUAUCUGAAAUUGAAGUUCCCGAAGACCCCGCUCGUCUGUUUUAUGCCAAGGAAGAAACUAGCGAAAUUUUACCCUAUCAAUGUCGCGAAUUGACAGAGGACGAAUUGACUGGCGGUUGUUGGGGUAGUGGAACUUUGUUGGCUCCACGAAAUCCCAGGGACCUGAUGUGCUGCUGCUUUAACGGGAGAAGGGGAGGCAAAGGUGGUAAAAAUGGCAAUAAAGGUACCGGAUCUGGAUCGGGAACGGACGGUUCAGGCCGUGACAAAGACAAAGGAAGACUUUCCGACGGGAAUUCCGGAAACAAAAAUGGCGUUGGUGGGAAAAACGGCGGAGACGGAACCGGAAAAUCUGGAGGUGUAGGCGCAGGCGGUGCCGGAGACGACGGUGAUUCGAUUCCCUGCAUAACAAAACCGUCUUUGUGCGGCAAGGAAGGGACAUGUAACAAAAGAGACAAGAAAGGAAAAUUCGGGAAAUGUGGGAAACCGGAUGGAGAAGGUGGAAAUCCUCUUGCUUGUGGGGAACGCCGGAAAUGUGCUAGACGGAAAUCAGCGUCUGGUAGCGCGACCGUUGGAAUCGUCGACAAAAAGCCAUCGUGUCCUCCUCGUCCCGUUGCAUGCCCUUGUCCCUGUCCUACGCUAAAAAAUGAUUGUCGCACAGCCGCAGAAAUUAAUUGCCCUGCACCGUACGCCACGCAGCUAUGUACGAACAGCUAUCAACCUACUUAUUAUGGAUCUCAUUACAACAAUACGCAUCAAAAUAGAACCAACAACAAUCUCUGCCAAAAUUAUGGAACGAAUCAUUACGGAGGAUAUUCUAACAAUAACGGAUGGUUGUAGCGAUUUAGAAUUAGAGAUGUGUAAAUAUAAUUAAAAAACUACAUCACGAUAUCCGCCAUUUUAUUUUUCGCUUCUGU